AGAGAUCUUUUCUUAUCGCUAACAGAAAAGAAAAAAAAAGAAAAGAGAGAUUGAUUGGCAUCGGAAUCGGAUUCAUUUUGGUUGUUUAACGAAGCGUAUGUAUCGUCGUUUCUGAAAGAUUUAUCCGUCGAAUUUCCCAAGUUUCGUCUCCGAUUCCAUUAAUUUGCUGAUCAAAACAAGGAAACAGUCUCGAUCUCCGGUCCGGUCCACUUUUGUUCGCUUCCAUAACUAUCUCAACGCCAACAAUCAGCAGCUCAUAAUUGACUUACUUCCGAGAUCCAACAUUUCAUUCGUCUUAUUCAGCUCAUUCAUCAAUGUCUCGAAUCGGCACAUACACUACAGUCCUUGAGAAUCAUGAUUUCAACUAUCUCUGCAUCUCAAGGAAUAUAUCAAUCGGCUGAAGUUGCUGGUCGUGACUCUAGGGUUUCAAAUCCCUUGAACCAAAUGGAACCAGACGAAGGCGAUUCAGAAUUGCUCUCCGUAGCAUGGAACCAGGAUUGCGGAUGUUUUGCUGCAGGAACAAGCCGUGGAUUUCAUAUCUAUAACUGCGAUCCAUUCAAAGAAACUUUUAGACGUGAUAUAAAAAGUGGGGGAUUCGGAAUAGUUGAAAUGUUGUUUCGUUCCAACAUUCUGGCACUUGUGGGUGGGCAAGCCAAUUCUCAAUAUCCUCCAAACAAAGUUAUAAUCUGGGAUGAUCACCAAAGCCGUUGUAUUGGCGAAUUUUCAUUUCGGUCAGAGGUACGGGCAGUUAAACUGAGACGCGAUCGCAUUGUUGUUGUUCUUGAGCACAAGAUCUAUGUGUACAAUUUCAUGGACCUGAGGCUUCUUCAUCAGAUAGAAACUCUGGGUAAUCCCAGGGGACUGUGUUGCCUCUCCCAAAAUUUGAAUACCUCUGUCUUAGCCUGUCCUGGUCUUCGACGAGGGCAGGUUCGAGUUGAACACUUUGGUCUGAAUAUGACAAAGUUGAUAAAGGCUCAUGAUGCUCAGAUUGCUUGUUUGACAUUAACAAUGGAUGGACUUCUUCUAGCUACAGCUAGUACAAGAGGAACCUUAAUAAGAAUUUUCAAUACAAUGGAUGGUACUCAGUUGCAAGAGGUCCGUAGAGGGGUGGAUCAAGCAGAUAUUUAUUGUAUUGCUCUAUCUCCAAAUGUACAGUGGUUGGCUGUUUCAAGUGAUAAGGGUACCGUUCACAUAUUCAGUCUUAAGGUUCGGGUGAUGGGAGAUGACUCAACUGGUAUUGAGCAAAGUUCCAUUACGAGUUACCAAAGUUCAUCAUCUUUACUUGAUUCUCUUGUUUCUCCGAGUACCAGUAGUGUCAACGCUAGUUCAUCAUUCUCUUUUAUGAGAGGUGUUCUACCAAAAUAUUUCAGCUCAGAGUGGUCAUUUGCUCAGUUUCACUUGCCAGAGUACACAAAGCUAGUUGCUGCAUUUGGGUCUCAAAACACUGUCAUGAUUGUUGGAAUGGAUGGAAGUUUCUACAGAUGCAGUUUUGAUCCUAUAAAUGGUGGGGCGAUGUCACAGCAGGAAUAUGUCCGCUUCCACAAGACGGGUUGUCGGCCCAAAUAAGGCCGUUAGCAUCUGGCAUGGACAAGGCGGGUAGUCGGCCCAAAUAAGGCCGUUAGCAUCCGGCAUGGCAAUCGAGGUCGAUGUAACAUUUAUUCAUCCUACCACCAUUUGUAAAUAUUCAUGUUUGUUGAAUUAUUAUAGUCCUAAUUCCUUAGGAUGCUGCAAUUCAAGCAAUUUGGUUGACUGUCGUUCAUUUCAAUGGCUGUUGUGUCCAAUUCAUUUAUUGAUGUGCGUUUAAA